CGUGCCGUGCCCACAAUCUCCCCGUCUGUCAUCCGAUCCUCCUGCUUCCCCGCUCAGCUCUGCUCUGUUCUGCUCGCUGUCUCAGUGCCUUAAACAGCAUCACCGUUCCUUCACCUGAGAAAAGCUAAACAGCAGUCGCUGCGGACAAAUACAUCAGCCAUGGCCAAAACAGCAACCGCAUACAAAGAGAAGAUGAAGGAGUUGUCUGUCCUCUCCCUCAUCUGCUCUUGCUUCUACCCAGAGUCCCGCAACAAGCUCAUGUGUGAAUUUGAAGACAUGGAGGUGAAGCCCAUAAACAAGCGGGCCUCGGGUCAGGCCUUUGAGGUGAUUCUCAAGCCUAUUUCACCAGUGUCAGAUGUUGCCCACAACCUCCCCUCACCCCCAAAGAGAGAUAUCUCUUUGGAGGACAUCGAGAAAAAACUGGAGGCUGCUGAAGAGCGGAGGAAGUACCAAGAAGCCCAAGUCCUGAGGGCUUUGGCAGAAAAGCGAGACCAUGAGAGGGAUGUGCUGCUAAAGGCCAUGGAGGAGAACAGCAACUUCAGCAAGAUGGCUGAGGAGAAGCUCCAGACCAAGAUGGAGCAGAUCAAGGAGAAUCGUGAAGCCCUUAUGGCAGCCAUGAUUGAGCGUCUACAGGAAAAGGAGAGACACGCAGCUGAGGUGCGCAAGAACAAAGAGCUCAGGGACGAGCUGAGUGAAGAGCUGGCAGUGUAGGCUUCAAAAAGAGUUCUGACUUCCAUGGUCCAUCUGUGUCUCUUCAUCCAGUCUUGUCCCCUUCCUCGCUCCUGCCCCUCACCUUCCACAAAACAGACACCCAACCCUGGAGACUGUGAGGUCCGAGGACCUCACCGCCGCAUCGCAACACACCACCAGUACUCACUACUGUCAGUAUUAUCAGUGCAUUGGAUGGAUUUGUUUUGAUUGGAGAAAUUGCAAGAAAAUUGCUUUUGUUUUGUAAAUACAUGUUUCUAUCUAUCCAUCUAUCUAUCUAUCUAUCCAUCUAUCUAUCUAUCUAUCUAUCUAUCUAUCUGAGAAGUACAUACAAACACUGUACUGCACUGUAUAAUUUCCAAUAUUCUGUUGGUUAAACAUUGGUUAAUGUUUCAGUUCUUGACAUUCUCUUGUGAAGGCCGUCGGUGUUGUGAGUUGGCUGUCGACUGACGUGUAUGGUUGUUGUUUUCUGAGGAUGUCACGAUGAUAAAGAUGACGUUUCUGUGUUUCUGUGAAGAAUGACAGUCGGUGUGUACCUAGGCCACACACUCUUCAAGGUAUCAAACAUAAUCCCAUCCCUAUCUUGCUCACACACACACACACACACACCUGCCCAUUCUCAACACGCACGCUUGGAACGUAACAGUACGCCAAAACCCACAGAGCGACACGUGUCCAUAUUCUCUGGAAUGAGCUUGGACCUGAGAGGUGCUUUGUUGUUAUUGAGAAUGUCUUAGCCAAAUGGGAGCAACUGUUUGUACACUUGCAAAUUCCCACUUAUGCUGACAACGCCAUUUCUUAAUGAAUCCUUCCUCAGUUGAGUCAGAAGCUCCGUUAAAUACACAGUAUUUUGGGAUUAAUUUCUUGAAUGUUAUGGCACCAUACUGGUAUUAUGUAUACACAGUAUCUUGGACCUUGAUAUUGGUAAUGAGAACUUGGCGUGAGGUCGUCUGUGUGGGUGUAUGUGAAUGCGAAACUUACCAUGAGGCAUCGUUAGCAUCUGCUCUCUUUAGGGGAUUAGACGGAGAAUAGAUGUAGGAUGCUUCACCUUCAGCACACUGAACUAGUCUCUUUUUAAUAUACAGUACCACUGAUAUCUGCCUGCACCCUCUGCUGCUUGUGUUUCUCCUUCGUAUAUUUCUCUGUGAAAGCUUUGCUGAAUAAAGGUUUGGGGUUGUGUGAACAUGGCAUGCACCAUCUAAUACUUUUCUGUGCUACAAGAGGAGGGGGAAAUGUAAACUGCCAAAUAAAAGAACCAGUUAUAUACA